UUGUGACAGUUUGUUGACAUCCGUAUUGGACUUCGAGUCGUUUUUAUGCAAAUUUUUGCACCUUUUUACGCUCCGAUGCCUCGUUUCUGCGCUUGCUUGCAAUCAAGUGAAACUUAUUAAUCAUUGAUGUGAAACAGUAUGCAAAAAUCGGGGCAGUUAUUGUCAUUUUUGUAAGCGCGAUACAUCUGGCCCCUUUGAUCGGUGUCAAAGUUUCAGGAAGAAGAGGACGAUUCUACUACGAUGUCUUUUGGCUUAUCAAAGAAGAAUCAGAACCUAAACCAAUAUACAUUGUUGAGCAAUUUAGAAGAUAACGUCGAACAACUAAAAGCAAGCGCAGAUACGAUAAAAGAUGACAGCAUACCUUUGCAACGCUUCUGUGCGACUUUUGAGCAGAUUUUAUUGGAAGGAGCCCGAAGAAGCGUGUUGAUAUUUAAACAGAAACACUACUGGAAUUGCAUUGUUGGUGUUCCGAAAAUUCUUCAAAAUUAUGGAAGCAAUGAUCCUAAACUGGCUUAUAUAGUGAAUGCCGUUGAAAGCUCAACAAAGCUUUGGCCAAUCGAAACCAAAGGUCGGCAGUUCAUUCGGAUGGCUUUGGUAAAGAAAUGCCUUCAUACUCCUGUAGAAGCUUUGAAUAAAUAUGGGUCAUUCCUGCAGGACUUCUACACAGAUGGUUCAUUUAUUGCAACACCACAUUUACGAGAAUCAUUGUUGGAACUUCUCCAGGAAGUUAGCAAGCUGGAUUUUGAUCUAAAUCUUCAGGCUCUAGAGUUUCUGAACGAAAGUUGGGCAAUACCGAAACGAGAAGACAUAUUAACAGUUCCUUGUACGCAGUUGGGGAUUACAGUGAGUCAAGUGGAAGGCCGAGCUGUCAUAGCGCAUGUUUUGCCUGAAAGUAUUGGACAAGAGAACAACAUGGCUGUUGGUGACUGUCUUCUUACCUUGUGUGGAAGAAUUUGUUGGGGACAAAAAGUUGGACAGGUUGCAGAAACGUUGAAACAAAAUCAUGGUCAACCAAUAUCCUUGACCAUAGCAAAGAUCAAACUGUCAAACGGUCAACUGUUUCCACCGCUAGAGGAAAGAAAAAAACUGCUGGACAGCGAAGAGUUCUUUUUACAAAAAUACCAUGAAAAAAACGGUGUCUGUAAAGCACCGCUAAGAUCCAUGGUGACAAGUUUUAACGAAACUCCUGUUCAUGGCGUCCCCAAGGGAAACAUGUGUUUUGAGGCAAAGUACAUCGGGAAAAACAGGACAGGAGAGACUGGCGACUUGAAUUUAAUUGAACCGUCUAUACUGACCGUUGUGCAACAAAAGAACGAUCCACUGCCGGUGCUAGUGAAACUCGGGGAAACAAGCAUCGAAAUUCAGGAUAAAAAGACAAACAAGACAUUGGCUAAUCAUUCCUACACCGUAACCUCUGCCUGUGGCCGUGGUAAAGUUGAUAAGAAUGUCUUCGCCUAUAUUUCUGGUGAUACGACGUGUACAAUAUCCAAGAAUUUCACAUGUUUUGUAUUUACGGUUGAAUCUGAAGAUCAGGCAAGAGAAGCGGUUUAUGGCAUAGCGCAAGGUUUUAAUCGGACGUUGUGGUACGUGUGAUUGGUAUGGGGGAUAAAAUGGGAUCACGAAGAGUAAGAGGUGGCUUUCAUCAUGCCCCAAUGUGCCGGUGAAACGUUGUUUUGCGAGGAUUUGAAGAUUUAGAUCACUUGGUAUAGCUAUAUACGAAACUAUACAAGUACUUUCUGUACCGUAAUUUGUGACAGAACUACCUACUGUAAUGUUCAACAAUGACCACUAAUGUCCAAACCACUGACCUAUGCUUUAAACUGUAGCUAGUACAGAAAAGGUUAGUGAUCUGAACACAUAUUUGAUGCAAUACGAGUCCUCCCAAAUAUAGGAAUGAUGGUGAACGAUAUACUUCCCAGAGUCUAUAUGACAUUAUUUUGUAAUAUAGCAGCAUUUUUAUAAAAUAUAUAAUAUUUAAUAAACAGUAAUGCGUAUUCGCUGAUGAUAUAGAGAGAUUUUAUACGACAUGAUCAGCGUCUGUAAUAUGUAAUUCAAAAAUUCCUAAUGCAAUAAUUUAGCAAAGAAUGUUAAACAUUCCAGUUUACGUUUGUUGUCAUUUCCAGAUUAAUUGUAAUUCAGUUUAAUAUUUCAAAUAAAAAGUCG